UGGUAAUAUUUAGCCUCUUUAAAGAAAUAUACUUUAGUAUUGAUCUAAAUAUUACAUCUAUCUAAAAGUGUUCAUAAUUAGUGAUGAUUUUUGAAAUAUUGGAACAGGAUGCAGACAUUUACUCCAACCAGUUUGCAAUCCUCUCGUCCUGCAAACUAACAAUAAUUAAAACUACUACAAAUAAAGUAGGCUAAUACAUGUAUGCCUCUGGAUCAAUUCACUAUUUCCAACCCACAACAAUCUAAUAACUAUACUGUCUUUAGGAGUUUUCUUACCUCAAACAUCUCUGCAAAGUAAUGCUUUUGUGACAAGCAUCCAAGACUUCCCAUUGACAUUGAGCAGACUGAAUUUGACAAACGCUUUGUAUGAAAUUGUAGGUUAUAAAUUGUAGAAAUCCCUGUAUGAUUCUAGAGGAAUGGUGUUCAAAUGACCCUAUACAUGAAACGGAUACAAUACAUCGUUUGGGAGAUGGUUGCCUUUCAAGUAUGGCACUUCUGAUGUCUUGACCGGUACGUGGCUUCUAAUGUCACACCUUUUGUUGAGAUAGCCUAUCGGUCCCCAUCCCCCUCCUCCUCCUCAAUGUGUGAACGACUGACUGGGAGGGCCAGGGGCUUAUAAGGGCCGGCCCGAUGUCAGAGUGCCACUGUCUCUCUCUGAGCUACUUUGCAGCUGUACUUCUCUCCUCUCUGCUGGACAAGACACCCUCUUAGAAGAUUUACGAUGGAUUUGCUCCGUGUUUGCGUCUUGUGCGCUGCUGCUUUCGUCACCGUCUCCAAGGCUUUUACGCACAACGACAUGAAGGAUGCCCUGCUUCAAAAACUUGGGCUGGAUGAUGUUCCGAAAAUUCACAAAAGGGACUUGGAGAAUCUUGUCAUCCCGACGCUCGUUAAGAAUAAAUAUAUGUCAAUGCUGAAGCUGCAUCACGACAGGCGGCGCAGGUCUCUGCCGAGCUUGGCGGGGAUCCUGAGGGGAAUUCGAGGAAAUGCAGACAUCUCUGGGGUGUUUGUGUACUCGGACACCACUCGGCAACGGAUGGUCUUCGAUAUGGAUACCCGCAUCCCCCAUAACAGCGAGGUGACCAUGGCCGAACUGAAACUGUACAAUAAAGCCCCUAACAAGCGCUCCAUGCCCGAGAGGAGGAACCACCGGCCAGUCAACAACGCCAGAGUCUCCAUCUACUGGGUAGAUAUGCUGGAGAACGGCUCUAACAGAACCUCUCUGGUGGACUCACGGUUGAUCCCCAUCCAUGAGACCGGUUGGAAAAGCUUUGAUGUCACUCAGGCUUUGCACUAUUGGUCAAAGACGCAGCAAAAAACACCUAUGCACCUGGAGGUGUGGAUCGAGGGCGAGAGACCUGGCAGCUACGCGGCAGAAAUUGCUAAGAGUGUCCACUUUACCACCCAGGACCAGGCGGACAACACCUUAGGAAAACCUGAGCUGGUCCUCUACACGCUCAACCUCGAAGAGUUUGGGUCUCGAGGCGACUGUGAAAACAACCCAGAUAAGGACACGUGCUGCAGAGAUAAAUACUUCAUCAAUUUCCGCGCGCUCACAUGGACCCAGUACUGGAUCAUCGAGCCAGCGGGAUACCAGGCCUACAGAUGCGCCGGGGGAUGCAAGCAGCCCAAGCGCAACUAUGGCUACGGGGAGAGGAAGUGUAGCAUCGCAGAGAGCGCUCCGCUGCCCAUUAUGUACCUGGUCAAGAAGGGCGACUACACCGAGAUAGAAGUGGCUGAGUUCCCCAACAUGAUCGUGGAGUCAUGUGCCUGCACCAUGGACAACAUCUCCAUAGUUUGAAGUUAAGUGUUUGGGACUGGGCAGGGCAGGACGCCUCCAAAUGGACUUACAGUACUUUUCUAUUUAAAAUGGGAAUUCUCAGGGAGAGUUGCAGGCAAUGAUAAGAGGGAGCACGGCAGAUCUCUUGAGAUAAACUAACCAAGCACUUUAUUAUAUUUUGUAAAUAAUUCAUUCAUAAGUUUGCCUUUGUAUGAAUGGUAUACUGUACCACUCAGACGAAACUGUCAAG